UGUAGUUACGAGAAUCGUAACGGGAGAAAAGAAAAGACAUCAAUCGAAUUGAAGUCCCACGUGUCAAUGUGAUAAACGCACUAAUAGGUGGCGCAAACGAUUUGCACCUCUCCGUCUUACUACCUCCUCUACAUCUACCCUCCCAAUAUAACGCAGCGGCCGUCAAUCUAACAACAUGACUGAUGCGGGAUUCUUCAAGGGUACUUCAGCGGAUCAAGACCGUAGGUUCUCGGACAAGGAGCUCAAACUCCUCAAAUCCAUGAAGUUCCCGACAGACUUUGAGAAGAAGGUUGACAUGCGUAAAGUAAACUUGACUGUCAUCCGUCCAUGGGUGGUGAAGAAGAUCAUCGAGCUGGUGGGUUUUGAAGAUGAGGUCGUCGUGGAAUAUGCGAUGGGUUUGCUUGAGGACGAUUCGCAACCGACGCCAGAUCCGAGAAGAAUGCAAAUCAAUCUGACAGGCUUUCUCACAAACCACACGCCCACAUUCAUGUCUGCCCUCUGGAAACUACUUGUUGAGGCGCAGGAGUCUCCCGCAGGCGUUCCACGCACAUUCGUAGAGGAGAAAAAGGAAGAGAUGCGCCAGGCCAAAAUGGGAGAUACGCGCGCCAGAGGGGGCAGACCGCGGGACAAUGGGUGGGGCGGAAGAGGAGGGCGUCCUCCUCGUCGGCGUACACCAUCACGAUCUCCCCCGCCGCGCUCUCCCCCGCCGCGCUCUCCCCCUCCUCGCCGUCGGCGUUCGAGCUCACGGACUCCCCCAUAUAGCACCCGGAGUUCUCGCUCACGCUCAAAUUCUCCUCCUCCUCACCGUCUGCGUUCCCCUCGCGCCCGCUCUCCAUCCCGCACUCCGCCUUCGCGUGCUCUCGACAGGGACACUCCUUCUCUCCGCCGGCGCUCGCCGCCCACUCGCUCCCUCUCUCGCUCUCCUCCACCCCGCCGGCGUGCGCGUUCCCCGUCCAUCACACCUCCGCCGCGUGAUCGUGACCGUGAUCGCCGCCUCAGGGAUAGGGGUUCGCGGAGCCCACCGCCACGCAGACGGCGCCUCACGCCCCCUUCGCGAUCUCGCAGCCCACCCUAUCGGAGCGGUCUCCGCCGCGGCGGAGGAGGGAACGCUCGAGAGAUAUGAGCGUUAAACGCGACCGACGGAGGAAGAGCGAUAAUCGCAACCAGAGCAGAUCCAGGAGCAGCAGCAGGGACAGGACCUUGGGUACGGACAGUCGCAGACAGGACAGAGACGAUAAGACGGGCACGGAUGCAGAGCUGCGGGGCGCGAAAAGUGACCAAGUGGCCGAGAAUGGCGAACUCAAGAUCAAAGGCCAGGCUGCGGUGGAGAAGCGAAAAAGUAAAUGGGAGGAGCAGGCAAGGCCGCAGCCUUCUAUCGAGCAGAGUGAGCUCGAGAAGAGGGAGAGCGAGCUCAAGG